AUGAAGGCUCCAAAGGCUCAAUCUGUUGCAAAGGAGGACAAGGUCCUCUCUAAGGUGAAGGACAAUGGUGUGAAGAAGUCUAAGUUGAAGUCAAAGGUGGCUUCUGAGGCUCUCGCUAAGAAGGUCGAGAAGACCGAGAAAUCGAAGAAGAAGAAGGCUCCCACUCCAUCUGAAAGCUCCGAGUCUGAGAGCUCUGAUAGCUCUGAGGAGAGUGAGGAGAGCGAGGAGGAGGCCGCUCCUGUUAAGAACGGUGCUGCCGCCGCUGCCACUUCGUCUGAUUCAUCUGACUCUGACGAGUCUGAGUCCGAGGAGGAGAAGCCUGUUAAGAAUGGUGCCAAGGUCGCCAAUGGCAAGAAGGAUGCCAGCGAGAGCGAGAGCGAUGAGGAAGAUAGCGACGACUCUGACGACGAUGAGGAGGAGGUAAAGAAGGCUCCUAAGGAGACCAAGGCUGUUGCUAAGAAGGACGAGGACUCUGAAUCUGGGGACUCUGAAGACUCCGAGGAGUCUGACUCUGACGAGCCUGCUAAGGCAGAGAAGGCUGAUGACAAGAAGGAUGAGGACGACGAAGAUUCUGAUGACUCUGACGAAUCUGACUCCAGCGAGGAGGAUGAGGAGAAAGAAGACGAGAAGCCACAGAAGAAGCGCAAGGCCGAGGAAGACCCCGAGCCUGUUGCUAAGAAGGCCAAGGUUGACGUCCCCGAGGGUGCCUCUGCCAACCUCUUUGCCGGCAACUUGUCCUGGAACGUCGAUGAGGAGUGGCUCCGUUCCGAGUUCGAGGAGUUUGGUGAGCUUGUUGGCACUCGCAUCGUCACUGACCGCGAAUCUGGCCGAUCCAGAGGAUUCGGAUAUGUUGAAUUCGCCAAUGUUGAAGACGCCGUCAAGGCUCAUGCCGCUAAGAAGGACGUCGAGCUCGACGGCCGCAAGCUGAACCUCGACUUCGCAAACGCCCGCGCCAACGGCAACGCCAACCCACGCGAGCGCGCCGACAACCGUGCCAAGUCCUUCGGCGACCAGACCAGCCCCGAGAGCGACACCCUGUUCAUCGGCAACAUCUCCUUCUCUGCUGACGAGAGCAUGGUCCAGGAGCUCUUCUCCAAGUACGGAUCCAUCCAGGGCAUCCGUCUGCCCACUGACCCCGAGUCCGGCCGCCCCAAGGGCUUCGGCUACGUCCAGUUCUCCUCCGUCGACGAGGCCCGCGCUGCCAUGGAGGCCGAGCACGGUGCUGACCUUGGUGGCCGUUCCAUCCGCCUUGACUACAGCACCCCCAAGCAGCCUGGCGCUGGUGGUGACCGUGGUGGCCGCGGCGGCUUCGGUGGUCGUGGCGGUCGUGGCGGCCGUGGUGGACGCGGUGGUUUCGGUGAUCGCGGUGGCCGUGGUGGCUUCGGUGGUCGUGGAGGCCGUGGAGGCGCUGGAUCCUCCUUUGCCGGCAAGAAGACUACUUUCUAG